UGAUUGUUUCUGUUUGUUUCUGUGGUAUCUACGGUGAAACCACUCUUGCCUGUCUCAUUCCUGAACCCUCCUCAUCCUUCUCAGCUCCAGCUCCACAGCCACACUCCCACCUCUGCCUCCAGACAAACCAGUCUGUGGAUCCCUCUUGCCUUCAGCUCGGCCCUACCUACUGGUACCGAGUGCCCCAGCUUCAGCACCUGAGUCUGAGCCCCUAUCAGCUAUCAACUCUCUGUUUUCAUUUUGCUUCAGCCAUCGGGUUCCCUGAUACAAAACAUCUCUGCCUGGAUGUUCCACGAUAAAGUUGGGAGGACGAGGCAGACAAGACAAAGUGUACUAAAAACAAUUCAAAGUCACAAAUCAGUCCAGAGCCUGAGCCACACUUCCUGUUGGAGCAGUGUUUGAAGGCUGCAUCACUGAGCUGCUGCACACAAGUGUGUCCGUGCAGACUGCAUCUAUUAGUUUAACUGGACAGAAAGAGAGGCGAACGCGUGGAUACUACUCCACAGGACUGGAUGUGUUUGGCCUCACAGACACAAACAAAAAGAGAAGAGCUGGGCGGACGUGAACUGCUGGCAGACACCAGGGCAGAGUGCGGAGGAGUAAGCAGACAAGGCACGGCACACGAGACCUGACUGACGGCGCCGAUGGCGAGCAAUAACACGGCCAGCAUCGCACAAGCCAGGAAACUGGUGGAGCAGCUGAAGAUGGAGGCUAACAUUGACAGGAUAAAGGUGUCAAAAGCAGCAGCAGACUUAAUGUCAUACUGCGAAGCUCAUGCCAAAGAGGACCCUCUGUUAUCGCCGGUGCCGGCCUCAGAGAACCCGUUCAGGGAGAAGAAGUUCUUCUGUGCCAUCCUGUAAACCCGGCAUGGCCCUUCAGCAGUCUGCUCAGUGUGGGACUUUGAACGCGGACGUUCAAAAUACGUAGAAAUCUUCUAGUCGGAGGGCACGGCGAUUAUUGCCCCCUUUCUUGAGCGGCACCUUAAGAGUGCGAAAAAUUAAAAACCCACAGAGUUUACAUGUAACCGUGAAAAGGGGUUGUGAUUGGUUUUUUGUUGAAGGGUGUUGCAGCAUGUUGAAGGGAUCUGUGCUUUUUAGAUGACACAAAAAGGGAUGAUGAGGAGGAGGAGGAGGAGGAGGAGGAAGAUAACCCAGAGACAUGAUGGACACCCAGUCAACCCACCAAGUCUUCAGGUUGUGAUGUGUACAAAACAAAAAAACAAAAAAAAUAAGAUAAAAUGAGAAUUUAAAAAAUAUUUUGUGGUUCUGUUGGGACUUCCAGAUGUUCUGUUAAAUGGUUCGUGGGUCGGUCGAGCGAUCGUAGGACAGCAAACAAAAAUGCGCCACCUGAUUAUUGGAAUGUUUUUUUUUUUUAAGUUGUUGUUUAUUUUACGUUUAUUUCAGCUCUACUUACCACCUAGAUAUCUUUCUAUACCUGUACGUGCUUACUGAAACAGUUCUGUUCACUCUUUUCUUACAACGGGUUAGUGAAAGCUUUUUUAAACGGGAUGUUUGACACAUUCGACUCUGUGACUCUCUUUAAGAAAAAAACAAAACAAAAAACACCUGUCUGAAAAGAAUCAGUCUCUGUGUAUCGACAACCUAUCUGGCAAAUGUGAUGCAGUUUGUCUCCUUCAGAUACAAACCCCUCUUUCUACUAUUUGUACAAAAUGACUAGCAAGUAAACUGUGCUGUGCUGUGAGUUCUGGAUGUUUUUGUGUUUGUAUCAUUAACUAUUGCAUGAAAUGGAACAAGCAAGUUCUUCUCUAUUUCCUUUAAUGUGGAAUUUGUAUGGAACAAAGGGGGGGCGGCUCCUCCGUCUGGAAGUGCCGGAACAUAUUAAAAAACAAGAGUGAUUCAUCACGGACUCAA